AAACACGUUUCCAUUGUUUACACUCCUUUUUAAUACUAAAAAAUUAGGUUUUUUAUUUUGAAUGUACCUGCUUAGCUUGUUAGCAAGUCAUUCAAUCUCAUUUAAAUAAUAAUUGUGUUUCUCUUAUAAAAGAGUUCAAAAGUUUUCAAAAAUUUAUAUAUUGGAUAAACUCUGCAUGUAUAGAGAGUUAAAAAAAACAAACAAAUGUAUGCAAAUGGAUAUAAAUACUGGUUGGCAUAUAAAAAAGGCACCUCCGGCUAUUACCGAUGUUGCCGGUACAAAUCCAACUGCCCCGGACGUUGUGUAGUUGACGAAGACGGAGUUAUUCGCAACACCACCACUCAUAACCACCCUCCAGAAGCGGAUCGGGUAAUAGUGGAUCGAUUUCGGAAAGUGCUGACACAACGAGCUGCUCAGGAAAAUACCGAUUUGCAUGUGAUAUACCUCGAGGAAGCUACCAAUCGCCAUUCGGACGCUUCGCUACUGUAUACUUUCUCGCAGGCCGAAUCGUGUAUGAGAAAAGCACGCCGAAAGCAGCAUCCACAAGAACCGUGCAGUGUUGCUGAACUCAAAGAAACCUUAGAACGCUCCGACCUGUUUCGAAUUCAUAAUGGUAGCCAUCGAGAUGAUUUUUAUCAGAAAACAAUUGUCCUAGAAGACACCACUUGUUUGAUACUUUGGCAUUACAGAACAAUUGAAACUGUUGGUUCAGUUGAAGAGUUGUAUGUUGAAUGUAGUCUAGAGAUAGCUGCGCAUUCCACGUCCAGAUACCACUUAUUAGUUGGAAUAGCGGCACACCAACAUAACUGCACACCUGUAUUCUAUUCGAUAAUGACGGGUAAAAGCCAUGCUGGUUUCGCUGCCAUUUUCGCAUAUGUAAGAGAAAAUGUAGGAUCACGAAUUUCACCAACUACAAUCCUAACUGAGCCGGAUAAUGAGAUGCAUAAUGCCCUAGAAAUCACUUAUCCCGAGGCCACGAUCAAAGUGUAUUGGCAUCACUAUACGACCGCCGUUCUAAAUCGAAUGCGACAGCUUGGCUUAAGCCGCGAAACUGCUAGAGGGCAUGCCAGCAGUGGGCUGCGAAUGUUGUUAGUCUUACCACUGCUUCCUGCUAACUACAUGACACCCGGACUGGAGGCACUGAAGAAGUGGAUGAAUGAAAAAAAUAUAUUUUCGCAUAAUUUCUGCUGUUUGUGCGACUACGUGGAGCAGUCAUGGCUUGGGGCGCUAGGAGCAAAAAAACUUUCGCUGUUCGGACAGCAACACAGUUUAUCCUGUCAUGUAAAGACCUUUAUGAAGGACUUGAACAAUCAGGCAGAUUUGCAACAAAACAUAACAGUCUGGCGAAUGCUCGAAACGUUAACUCAAAUUGCAACCAAACAGUUUGUGAAACUUAGCAAACGGAACAAACGAACUGUCGUUAGUGAAAAAUCUCUCAAAUCGAAGAGAAAGUUACAAUAUGUCCAGGAGACGGUCAUAAGCAAUGCUACGCAGUUGUGGAUCAAAACAGCGGUCCAUCUGCGGAAUCCAUUACAGUUUCUUCAGCUAUGUAGUCAUUGCAUCAAUGACGCUAUGAUCAUGGAAUCGUUGCCCGUCCCGACAAAUAACGGAACAACAAAGAAAGUGCCUUCAUCGAUCGUGGAACCAACUCCAAUUAGCGAAUAUAUUUGUAAUUUUGACCCCCCCAUGGUGAACCCGGAGCCAAUUCGACAUAUUACUUUAACGGCAAGCGAUCCGCCGCCACUGGCAUUUUUCCCAAGAGUGGCUGUCAAGCGGACGGAAGUAAACAAUGCAUCUCAAAUCAGCUACAACCAGAUGGAACCUCCACCGCUGGUGCCAUUCUGUUCAGGGCUCGAUAAUCGAAUACUCGCUAACAUAGAGACACAACAACCGCCUGAUUGAUCAAUCUCACUAAGUUAAAAUAUCCAUAGAAUUCCUUAACGAGCCAAGUAAAAUGGAAAAUUUUAAAUAUAUGAGAAAGGCAAUAAAAACAGUCGCGAUAAA